AUGCAUGUCUUGGCAAUAAUAUCCGUAUUCGUUGCUCUGUCCACUUUGACAGUCGGUCUCCGGUUGUUCACUCGGUUUUAUCUCGUCAAGGCACCGGGGCUGGAUGAUGUCUUUGUCUCAGCAUCACUGUACCUAUGGUUGUCAAUUCCCUUCUACAACCUCUCCCUGAUCCUAUCCAAGCUCUCCGCCCUAUGGUUCUUCACCCGCCUCUUUCGUUCCCGCCUCCUCGUGCGCGUCAGCUAUGCCCUAAUCGGGUUUCUCGCCCUCGCAGGACUUUGGAUGGUACUUAGUGGAUUCUUCUUCUGCGUCCCCGUUCAUUACUUCUGGACCAGAAAGGAUCGAGACGAUCACUGUCUACCACAAGCUCCAAUCUGGAUCCUCAAUGGGGCAAUCCACAUCGUCACGGAUGUGAUCAUCCUGGCUCUCCCCAUGUACGUGCUAUGGACCUUGAAGGUUCCAAAGCCACUCAAAGCGGGCAUCAUCACGGUUUUUGGACUCGGAGUUUGUGUCAUUGGCACAAGCUCUGCCCGCUUGUAUUUCUUGACUAAAGUAGCCUACCAAGACCACUUCACAGAAACAAGCUCCCAAAUAACCGUCUGGUCCUCCCUCGAAUCCAACAUCUCCAUCAUAUGCGUCUGCCUCCCACCCAUCCACCCCCUCCUCUCCCGCAUCUUCUCCUUCUGCUUCCUCCCCCAGCCUCUCCACUCUUCUCCCGGCUCAAGAAAACACUCCACGACAACCCAAUUAACCGACCGCAAACACUCUAUCUACGACUAUACCAGCACCAACAGUCCCGAACGAGGCAUCUGGUAUAACGAGCUAUUUAGGCCUGGACCGGCCAGCUACACAGCCAGUAUCUCCAAGAUAAACACACGGGAAGAAGAGCCCGACAACGAGGGGAUCCGCGUCGUGCGGGAAUUAAGAAUGCAGUCGGAUACCGUGGAUGCGGAUUUGGAGAUGGCACGCAUGAAGUCACAUGAAGAGAAUGGUCGGACGAGUCAUAGUGUAGAGUGGGAUUUGGGGGAUUUUGAGUUCCCGGAUUAUGAGGACAGGAUGAAUGCGCCUCUUACUGGGAGAGAUGUAUAG